AUGCACUUGGUACCGAAUUCAGAAGCGGAUAGUCGACGUUGGUGGAAGGAAGGAACUGUAUACCAGAUCUAUCCUUCAAGUUUUAAGGACUCUAAUGGGGAUGGAAUAGGUGAUAUUCCAGGGAUCAUAUCCAAACUUGAUUACUUGAAUGAACUUGGAAUCAACAUUAUUUGGCUUUCUCCUCAUUACAAGAGCCCACAAGUUGACAUGGGCUAUGACAUCUCUGACUACAAGGAUGUACAUGCACCUUAUGGAACUCUGCAAGAUGUCAAAAACCUUAUUGACGGUUGCCACAAGAGAAACAUGAAACUGAUUUUUGACUUGGUGAUUAAUCAUACUUCGAGCGAGCAUCCAUGGUUUCAAGAGAGCAGAAAGUCGAAAGAGAGCGCCAAGAGAGAUUGGUACAUUUGGAGACCAGCAAAGUACGACGACCAAGGUAAUCGAAAACCACCAUGUAACUGGCGUAGCUUUUUUAACGGAAGCGCAUGGCAAUGGGACGAGCAAUCUCAAGAAUACUAUCUUCACCUUUUUGCAACUGAUCAGCCUGAUCUCAACUGGGAGAAUGAGAGCGUCCGGCAAGCUAUUUACGAUGAAGCCAUGAAAUUUUGGCUAGAUCUAGGUGUUGACGGUUUCCGUGUAGAUACGGUCAACAUGUACAGCAAAGUCCUACCAUUCAAAGAUGCUCCUAUCGAAGUUUCCACUGAUGAGUUCCAGCCAGCGCAAAUGCUAUUCUGCAACGGGCCAAGAAUGCACGAGUUUUUGACCGAAAUGAAUGACCAAGUUCUCUCAAAUUACGACACAAUGAUGGUUGGAGAAUUAGCUUCUACACCUGAUCCAGAGCACGUAUUAAAGUAUGUGGGAGCAAGUGCAAAACAGCUUGAUAUGGUGUUCCAGAUGGAUAUGAUACACCUCGGGUUUGGUCCAAGCUACAAAUACGAUUUCCACCCAUGGACUCUAAUCCAACUGAAAGAUGCAUUGACAAAAUGGCAGCAAUUUAUCAUUGAUAAUGACGGCUGGACGACAUCCUUUUUGGAAAAUCAUGAUCAAGCCCGCUCUAUCUCACGAUUUGGAUCAGACGACCCUCUUUACCGUAGUGUUUCCGGAAAAAUGCUGGCUACCUUCUUGUGUACCUUGACGGGAACACUUUUCAUUUACCAAGGUCAGGAAAUCGGCAUGAUUAAUCUGCCCAAGAGCUGGCCUAUCGAAGAAUACAAAGAUAUUGAAUCAAUCAACUAUUACAACUACAUUAAACGAAAAACAAAUGCUGAUCCUGCAGCAGUACGCUUAGCUUUCGAAAACAUUGGAAAAUUAGCUCGGGACCAUUCCAGAAGCCCUUUCCAAUGGGAUGACACAGAACAUGCUGGCUUCACAACAGGAACUCCGUGGAUGAAAGUCAACGACGUCUACCCCGAAAUCAACGCAAAGGCACAAGAGUGUGACCAAAACAGUGUUUUGUCAUUUUGGAAAAAGGCUAUCAAGUUCCGAAAUACCUACAAGGACUAUUGUGUUUACGGUGAUUUUUAUCUAUGCGAUUCAAAAAACACUUCCACAGUGACAUAUAUCAAAGCAUACAAAUGUAACAAAAUACUGGUAGUGCUCAACUUCACCAAGGACGUUCAGGAUUUCAUUAUUCCGGCUGAAGUUACUGGAGAACUCGAGCUCAUUUUCAACAACACAGAGUCAACUGACAGAGAGAGCUUAUUGGCAUUUGAAGCUAGAGUUUACCUCGUUAAAUAG